UUAUACAACUUAUAUCCAACAAAGAGUAUUCCAGAUGUAUUUUCCUGAACGAACCCAGAAGCUAACGAAUAUGAAACUAGUAUUCCCGUCCUUAACGAUACAAGUGGCUUCAGAGAGUUUGAGUUGUGAGGGGGAUGCAGACAGCAGCGGCGACAGCACACCGUCACUUGAACUCGGAGUCAGUGAAGAUUAAAGCCAGCCGGCAGACAUCAGAAAACACUAGUAGCCUUUGGAGCGUGUCUGAGAUUGCUCGAGCUGUCAAUGGCAGGAUCGCCAAAUGGGUCAGGCUGCGCGGAGUUAUCGGGAACCGAGUCUGGCACAACUGGGAAAAGGGCUUCGUUCAAAAUAGUGAUGGUCUGUUUUACUCACCAGCAUGCAAGCAGCUUGUAGGAGUGACUGGCAGUGUUGUGGAGACCGGUACCAUGUCCAUGAUAGCUCUUGCUCUACAGAGUUCCAAGAAACCGGUUUAUCAGAGUCAUGGGAAUCGGAACAACCGAAUUGAUGGAGAUGGAGAUGAGUGGCAGGGGAGAGCUAUUGGAGCUUGCGAGGAUGGCUGAGCCGAAUAUAAGGGGAGGUUCACACUUCGACAACUUCUUCAGUUUAGAGCAAUUUGCUAUGGCCAAAGGGGAGAGAUUCUGGAGGAGGCAAAGCCCCGAGAUGCGUGUGUUUCUCAAUGCUGAUGAUCUCCCUCUACCAUUUGGGGUUCAAAAGGGUGGAAUUUUUUAUUCAGGUCUGCAUUUGGCUCUCAAUGCAUGUGCAGCAGCGGCAGUUGCAACUCGUUUAGGAGUUUCUCUUUCUCAAGUUGGAAUUUUUCUAUCAGCAUUUUCUCCCCUCAAAAUGAGGUCAGAGCUUGAAUUUGCUAGAAAUGAUGUCAAGAUAGUCAAUGAUGCUCACAAUGCCAAUCCUGUGAGCACCAGAGCUGCCAUUGACUCAUUGCAGAGUAUUUAUUGCAAGGGCAAGAAAAUUUCAUUACUGGGCGACAUGUUAGAACUGGGUGCGAUUGAGUUGGAGUCUCACAAGAUGAUUCUUGAGCGUUGUCGUAGUGCUCAUGAUAUUGAUUUAAUUGGCCUAGUUGGGAAAAGGUUUUGCACAGCAGCCAAGGAUGUGGAUUUGGUUGAAGAGUGCAAUAUUGUGUCCGCUCUUGAGGCAUAGACUUUUGCAAAGGAAAUUGUGAAGAGGAUUAACUGUAAUGAUGUUGUUUUGGUAAAGGGUAGUCGAGGGAUGCAAAUGUAGAAUGUUGUAAAUGCAAUCAAAGCAAUGGAAAUUUGAGAUACACA